AUGCGUCUCUCUCUCUUUGCUGCCGUCUGCGCCGCCGUCGUCCCGCAGCUCGUCUCGGCGACCUACUUCACUUCGCCGACGGCCGGCACGGUCUGGGGCCAAGCGACGGGCCAGCGUAUCGCGUGGCACUACCAGCCGGGCGGUGCGCCGAGGGGCGACAUCAUCCUCGCACUCGACACGGCCAACCCCAAGGCGGCGCAGACUCUCGUCGUCGCGACCGACGUCGACCUCACCUCCGAGUCCGUCGUGGUACCCGCCGACCUUGGCUCGCGUCGAGCCAGCCGCUGGAUCCUGCGCAUGGUCAACUCGAACAACUACGACACGGUCUACACCCAAGUCGCCGACGUCAUCAUCGAGUCGUUCGCGGGCAGCGCCGCACCGAGCGCGAGCGCGGCGCCGUCGACGACGGCUGGCUCGGGUGGCGCGGUCGGGAACGGCAGCGGCGACGACACGGCGACGAACCCUGCUGUCGGGAGGCCAACCUCGUCCAGUUCCUCGCAGCGCCCUUCCUCGACGUCGUCCUCUCAGCCUGAGCAGUCGUCCUCGAGCUCGAGCGACGAGCCGUCCUCGACCAUGACCGACGAACCCUCGUCGACCUCGUCCCCCUCCUCGACCCAGCUCGUCACCGCCACCGUCCUCUCAACCGCCUCGGGCGUCCUCGUCACGCUCGAGCCCUCGACGACCUCGGGCGACCCCGUGAGCGUCGUCACCGUCACGGCGAGCGGCUCGGUCGGGCAGGCGAGCGCGGUGCAGGGCGGAUCGACGAGCGGUGCGAGGGGCUCGAGCGGCGAGAGGUGGGUGGGCGCGCUCGGUGCGGCGGCGGCGGUGGCGGUCGCGUACUUGCUGUAGCGCGACCUUGUGUGCAUCCACGAGACUCUUGACAAC